GUCUUUUCUUGGUUGUAGCGCCAUGGCUGCUGUAGUUUCUAGAUUCUCCAUUCUUCAUAUUACUGCUCCGGGUCAGAGAUCAAAUUGUCCUAAUCUCCCUACAGACUUCCAGUAUCCUAGUAUGGAACAACUUUCAGAGAUGGUUGAAUAUGUGUGCCAUCAUUACGGAGUAGCGUUCUUUGUUGGGUUGGGAACUGGGUUGGGAGCUAAUGUACUAGUUCGACUAGCAUUCAGGAGACCUAAGCUGGUUGAGGGCUUGAUAUUAUUUAACUGUAAUAUAACCUCUGCGGGGUGGGUUGAGUGGGCUUAUCAUAAGAUGAAUAUGAAGAGUUUAAAGAAGAGCACUAAGUUUCCCGAAAGUGUGGUGGAAUACUUGCUAUGGCAUCAUAUAGGUUCUCGUCUGAGUCCAGAUACUCUAAGCCUUGCAUCCAUUUACAAACAGCAUUUUAUGACACAGGUAUAA